AUGGUUAUAAAGAUAAUAUUCUAUGAGGACCGUAACUUCCAGGGUCGACACUAUGAGUGCUACAGUGACUGUGCCGAACUGCAGUCUUACUUCAGUCGCUGUAACUCCAUCCGAGUUGAAAGUGGCUGCUGGAUGAUCUAUGAGCGUUCCAAUUACACAGGGUACCAGUACUUUCUGAGCAGGGGCGAAUACCCUGAUUACCAGCGCUGGAUGGGUUUUAAUGACACAGUCAGGUCCUGCCGCAUGAUUCCUGCAUACAGGGGAUCAUAUCGCCUGAAGGUGUAUGAGAGACCUGAAUUUGGAGGCCAGAUGAUGGAAUUCACCGAUGACUGCCCAUCUGUUCAUGAGUGA